ACUAACCGGUGGAAGAAGAAUGAGCACGCCGAGGUCGAUGCUGUCAACGCGCGGGCGCGUGUUACCGUUUACGGAGAAGGAGAGAACGGAAGAAGAGGCCGGAACACUAGAAUCGAGUCUCCUCCAGCUGAUCGAGGACAACCGUCGAUCGUCGCUGCAGCUCCGGGAAAAGACGGAUAGAUCGAGGAAGGAGGCGAUCAGGCACGCGGCGAGAACGGCGGAUCUGCUCGUGAAGGCGGUGAACGGAGGAGUGGAGGAGUGUUUCGUCAACGAGAAACGGAUCGAGGCGGAGAUAAGAUCUCUGGCGGUUACGGUGGCGCGGUUCGGCAAACAGACGGAUCAGUGGCUUGCCGCAACUCACGCCGUUAAUAGCGCCGUUAAGGAGAUUGGAGAUUUUGAGAAUUGGAUGAAGACGAUGGAGUUUGAUUGCAAGAAAAUAACUGCUGCGAUUCGUAAUAUUCACGAAGAUCACUAAGAAGAAACAGAUGUUCUGUCUGAGAGUAGUAGUGGCAAUGAAAGAUCAUGAACAAUUUUUUUUUUUCUGUCUGAAUAUGUUAUCUAUUGUUUCUUAAAAAACGUUCUCAAAAUUCAAAAAUGUACAGAGAUCAUGUUGACAUUUGCUUCCUUGAGCUCUUUUAUGUUGUUGAUCAAAAAAAAAAGAGCUCUUUUAUGUUCAGUCUC